GAGUCCUGAAACUCUUCAGUGAUCGAUCAUUUGAUCAUUCACUGGUUCUGAUAUCAACACCCACAAUUUAUGUCAAAAAACCCUAUACACAGCAUCCACCAUUAAAAGACAUGAUCAGAAUGUGUAAGUACAGAUACUUGGAGCAGACGAACCUUGAACUUCCACAGCUGUUAACACGUUUGGGUCAAAUCGUGAAGGAGAACGAUGGAGAGCAUCUGACCUGUGAUGUGUUUGAAGAUGCAGUUUUACCUAGUGAUAAACAAAGCUCAAAAGAAAAGGAAACACAAUACAAUCUUUGUGCUGUCGAUGAAGACACUGUCUCAAAGAAACCUGCUCUCUCUCAAAUGUCUGCACUCAGAAUUCUGCUGUUGGGGAAAAAAGAGGACAAAAAGACAAAGCUUAGCAACUUCAUCAGUGGCAACAUUCAACACAAGCAAUUCAAUUUGCCAAACCCUUUGACAACCAAACACAGUACAGUGACCCAUGGAGAGUGGAGAGGAAAAACAUUAACAGUAGUGAAAACUCCAGACAUCUUCAGUCUGACUGUGGAGAAGCUGAGAAGAGAGGUGAAGAGCUGUGAGACUCUUUGUCCUCCUGGACCAAAUGUUCUGCUGCUGUUAGUGGAGCCUUCUGAUUUCACUGAGGAGAACAGACAAACACUGAAGUUCAUCCUGAGUUUGUUUAGUCAAGAUGCUUUUAAACACUCAAUGGUCAUCAGCACACAUGAUGAGGAGGGAGAGAAUAACGUAGUCAAACAACUCAUCCAAGACUGCAAACAUAGGCAGCACAUAAUCCACUUUGACAAAAAAGGUCUUUUAAACAAUGACCUACAAGAAGUGAUCCAAAAAAUGGAAAAUAUAGUGAGUGACAACAGAGGUGGAUAUCUAAUGUUAAAUGAAGAAGCAGAUCGCAAAUCCCCUCUGAACCUGGUUCUGUGUGGGAGGAGAGGAGCAGGGAAGACUUCAGCAGCCAAGGCCAUUUUAGGUCAGACAGAGUUUCAUUCAGUCUCCGUCUCAUCAGAGUGUGUUAAACAUCAGGGAGAGGUGUGUGGACGUUGGGUUUCCCUGGUGGAGCUGCCUGCCUUGUAUGGAAAACCUCAGGAGGCAGUGAUGGAGGAAUCACUCAGGUGUAUCUCCCUCUGUGAUCCUGAGGGCGUCCAUGCCUUCAUCCUGGUCCUACCUGUGGGUCCCCUCACUGAUGAAGACAAGGGAGAGUUAGAGACCAUCCAGAAUACAUUCAGCUCUCGAGUCGAUGACUUCACCAUGAUUCUGUUCACUGUGGAGUCAGAUCCUGCAGCUCCAGCUGUUGUUAACUUUGUAAAGGAAAACAAGGACAUCCAGGAGCUCCGUCAGAGCUGUGGAGGAAGAUAUGUUGUUCUCAACAUCAAGGACAAGCAGCAGAUCCCAGAGCUGUUGGACAUGGUGGAAAAGAUGAUUCAUUCUGAAAAUAAACCAUCCUGCUAUAAAACUGUAACAUUUGCACGUGCACAAAUGAAAAAGCUCACACAACAAGAGAAACAUAUCAACAGGCAACAAGGUGAACUUGAGAGGCUGAUUAAGAAGAACAUGAUCACUUGUGAUGAUGAGGAGCAGAGUCCAGAGAGUCUCAGGAUUGUGCUGAUAGGGAAGACUGGAAGUGGAAAGAGCUCUACAGGAAACACCAUUCUAGGAAGAAAAGAGUUUAAAGCCAAAUCAAUUCAAACAUCAGUCACCAAACCUUGUCAGAAAGCACAGAGUGAAGUGGACGGUCGUCCGGUCGUUGUGGUCGACACUCCUGGUCUGUUUGACACAACUUUGUCCCAUGAAGAGGUUCAUGAGGAGAUGGUGAAAUGCAUCAGUCUUCUGGCUCCAGGACCACAUGUCUUCCUGUUGGUGUUACAGAUCGGCAGAUUUACACCAGAGGAGAAGGAGACAUUAAAACUCAUCAAGGAAGGCUUUGGGAAGAAUGCUGAAAAGUUCACCAUCAUUCUUUUAACUGGAGGAGAUACACUAAAGCAUGAGAAAGUGUCCAUUGAAAAAUACAUUGAACAGGACUGUGAUGAUUCCUUUAAGAAGCUGAUCUCUGACUGUGGAGGAAGAUACCAUCUGUUUGAUAACUGUGAUGAAGAAAACCGCACACAAGUCAGUGAGCUGAUAACCAAGAUUGACAGCAUGGUGAAGGAAAAUGGAGGCAGCUGCUACACCAAUGAGAUGCUGCAAGAGGCCGAGGCAGCUAUAAAGAAAGAAAUGGAGAGAAUCCUGAAGGAGAAGGAAGAAGAGAUGAAGAGAGAGAGGGAGGAGCUUCAAAGAAAACAUGAGGAGGAAAUGGAAGAGAUGGAAAGAAGAAUGAAAGAACAGAGAGCAGAAACUGAAAAGGAGAGAAAACUGAGAGAAAAACAACUUGAAGAAAAGGAGGAAAAGAUAAAUAAGGAACAAGAGGAGAGACAGAAAGAACAGGAAAUGAGAGAAGAAGAAGACAGGAAGAGAAAACAACAGGAAGAAAUUCAAAGACAGGAGUGGAAACGAAAAGUUGAAGCUUUGGAGCAAAAUAUAAGAUCAGAGUCAGAAACAAAAGAAACCAUUGACAGAAAGCUGAAGGAGAGCAGAGAAGAGAUGAGAAAAGAACGAGAGAAAUAUGAGAAAGAACAAAAAGAAUGGUGGGAAAAACAAAAACAAGAAGACGAACAGAGACGACAGGAGGAACAAACAAGACUUAGAAAGCUUCAAGAAGAAUAUGAACAGGAAAGAGAAAAUUAUGAAAAGAAAAGAAAGGACAGAAUCAGAAGAGAAAGAGAGGAAAAGGAGAAAAACGAUAUAGAGGAGAAACAUAAGAAAGAAGUGGAGAAUCUGAAAAAGACACACGAACAGGAGGCCAGACAGAAAGCUGAAGAGUUUAAUGACUUCAAAGAGAAACACAAAAAGGAGUUUACAACUCUGAAGCAACAGCAUGAGGAAGAAAUGAAAAAGAAAGAUAAACAAUAUGACAUCUUAAAGGCACUUUCAGCUCACAAUGAAGAACAAUUAAAGAAAGAACAAGAAGAACUAAAGAAAACUCAUCAAGGCGAGAUUUAUGAAUUAGUAAAACAUGUGACCAAAAAGGCAGGAAGUCUGGAAAAAAUCAACAACUUACUGACAAAACACAAACAAGAAAUGGAAAAGGAGACAAAUGAAGAGGGAAAGAAAAAACUGAAGGAAACGCAUGAAAAACAAAUAAUUGAAUCAAUACCGGAAAUUAUGAAUCAAGACGACUCAACGUUUUGGACACGUUUGACAUUCUUGGUUCUGAAAAUCUUUGGUUUCAAUGAGUGAAAGAUUUAAUUGUA